AUGGCUCAUUCAAAAGAUGUCGAUCCAAAGCAAGAAAUGUCUGAAUUGAUUAGACGACGUUCUGAAGUUUUGCAAAAAUUGUCCAAUUUGGAAAAACAAAUAUACAAUUUUGAGACUACUUAUCUUGAAGAAUCUUCUGAAAAUGGGAAUAUUAUUAAAGGUUUCAACAAAUUAUUGGAAUCUGCAGUUGCUGGAAUAUCUUCAGGCGCAGCAUUAAAUUUAGUUUCUGGGCAUUCUAAGGGCCGACGGCCUCCAAAGAGACAUUUUGAGGAAACUGACAGAUUUUUUUCUUUGUCUUCGGUUACUUCGCCUGUUUCGCUUAGUUUAAAUUUAAAUGCUUCUGCUGAUGGUUUGGUUAAUGAGUCUUCUCAAAAUGGAAUUUUACAAAAGAAUAUUCUUACAAACGGAGAUAAACAAUUUACCAAAAACAAUCCAAAUACUCGAUCACACGAUCAAAAUUGUGACAAUAUUGCAAAAUCUGCAGAUGCCGAACAGCAGAAUGUUGGUGGGGGAGGGGGAGGGUUGGUUUCGACAUCGACACUUAAACGGGCUCGCCGUGUUAAUGAAUGA